AUCGAGAAUCUGUUAAGUCGGGCCCGUCAUAUUAAUAUUGACAUUCGUUUAUAUUGCUGUGCUUUUUCAAUGGUAUACUCAAGCAAAAGUAGUGAUCAUUUUCCAUUUAUUUGAACCAAAAAUCAAUCUUCGUAUCCUGUCUUCCUGCAAUCAAAAUAAAACAUCAAAGCUGAAAAUCUUUCGUUCACAAUGCAAGCUGCAUAAUCAGUGAAUUUCUUGUACAGUUUAUGUUGAAUGGCUACAGUUGGAUAACUUCGACCAUAUAAACUCAACGUUCGCAGAUAAGUCUAAAGUACGCUUUCUGCGAGUUUAGAGAAAGAGAAGAAAAGGAAAUUACGGUCAUCAGCACCGGUAAUAAUUGUAACUGUAGCUUUAGCGUGAAGCAAAGAGAGAUGGAAAGCAAACUACAUGAAAAGAACUUCGUGGAGAAUUACUUCGCCAACCUCAACGAUAUAUCUAGGAAAAUUGCACUAGAUAUAAGCGAAAUAAAGGCAACAUAUGAGCAUAUAUGGGAAGAUUUGAACAGUGAAGAACAAAUGGAGAUUAUAAACGAAACGCUAAUAAAACCAGAACUGACUUUGAAAUACUUUGACAACUUUUCGAUCUCGUCCGAGUCGUUUUGCAACAUUAUAGACGGGGCCGACGAAAACAGUGACGACCGGAAGAUCAAUCUAUACGAUGGAAAAACAUUGCAGACGUUCCAAUAUUUGAAGACAGGGAGAAAAGUGAUUCACGAAGAAUCAAUUGGAUUGUAUCGGGACGAACAUUCUUCACCAUUCUCACAUAAAACUAAAAGUCAGAUUAAUUUAACAAUUUUUCCUUCCGAAGCGGAGAAACAAGUCCAUAAAAACAAGGAUUUGUCGAAAAAGCUGGAGAAAGCUAACACUCAAAAAACAGUCGACAUCAGAGCAGUGACUAUGAAACCAAGUAAUGAUGAAGCUUACGAUACCGUAGAUAAUAUGAAUGAUAACGUUGAGCCCAUACGACCAAAUGCUUUCCUGACUAACAUCGUUUGCAACCAAAACGGAGAACCAACAUUGAUUGCGACCUCUAUUGGUAGCUGUGAUACUGAUGGACUAUCCCUGGAAAACAUCGGAUUUGAUGAUGAUAAAACUAACCUUUUCCGCAAUAGUUCCCGCAGCAACAGUCUUCACCACGCUCAUUCUUCCUCAGUGGAAGAAGACGACAAGAACUUCGAUGAAUUGAAUAGCUUGCUGGGCAAAAGCAAAGGGUUUGAUUUUCUCAAUAAUUGGUAAUUUCAUGUCGGUCAAAUCUGUCUUAUCUAUUGUUUCGCGUAUGUGUUCUUCGUUAUUUUCUAUCUAGUCUCUCUAUAUAUUCCAGUAUCGAUAUUAAGUAUAUAUGUGUAACGUGAACGAAUCAUUCAACAUCUUUAUAACACACGAAAUUCAUAAAAGCUCAUUUAAAAACGAUAAGAAUAUUAGUACUCAGCAUUGAAGCCAAACAGACUGAUUUUUUUUUAAAACCAAAAGAUGUAAUGUAAUGUAUGAAGUAAUUACCUCAAAAUUAACACUCCUAAGAAGAAUUGUUUAAUAGUUCUUCAAUAUACUCGAUAGUAGGGACAAUAAUCAUCACUCUAUCUGUUUAGUAGAACUCGGAAAAGUGUUUUGAAUUAUAGCUAGUUUGCACUAAUUA